CUGUCCUCCGACAGUUCUUGUUAUACUUGUAGGGCUAUAAGGUGGCAUAUAUUGUUUUCAAGAAAGUGUCUUCUGUGAAGGCAAUAACUUCAUUACCAUAUGAUAAACCUUUGGUCAUGCAUAAAGAGGGUGGCCAAAGUAUUGAUACAGGACUAAAUAAAUGGAUCAGGGAAUAUAAAGAAGAUGUGGUAGAUACUGCUGCAUUACAAACAGAAAUAGAUAAAUAUAUGACAGAGUAUGAUGAAAAAAUACAAACGGAAAUAGAAAAAGCAAAGGCUGCUGAAGGGGUUCCGGAUGAGGAAGGAUGGGUCACCGUGACAAAAUAUGGUAAAAAUAAAGGGGCACCACGGACUGAGGCACAUGAAAAGGCUUUGACACGGAAAGAGAAAAAGCGGAGAAAGGAUAAGGAAUUGUUAAACUUCUACAGUUUUCAGAUGAGAGAAACAAAGAGAGAACAAAUUGCAAACUUGCGUAAAAAGUUUGAAGAAGACAAGAACAGAAUAGCUCUGAUGAAAGCGUCACGAAAGUUUAGACCUUAUUGAAUUGAUUUAUUACUCUAUUAUAUCUGCAUAUACCUGUUUGAAAUCAAAA